AGUAAAGUCGUCAUGAAUGGGUUCGAUUAGGAUAAGGAUUUCUUCCUCUUCCUUCGCUCAUUCCUCUCUCCACAGUCGUCGCUGAUCGUCGGUCGCCGCAGGACGUCGCUGCUGUCGCACCCGUAUUGCCAACCUCGUCGGUCGGCAGCGCGCAGAUGUUUGUUAGCUAUUGCAACUUCGGCAUCCCUCCCUUCCUCUUCUUCCUAUGCGCAGCGAUCGAGUUGUUGCCUUCCAUCUUGCUGCCUGUGGAGAUUAGGGAAGCCAUCGGUUGUAUCGAGUUUUGGUGAGAUCGUGUAUUCCUCUGCGAAAAUCUUGCUUCCCUGUAGUGGAACGGAGUCCGCCCUUCAUCUUGAGCCGCCUUCAGGUCAUUGGCUAAUUGGUGGAACGGAGUCCACGUUGAUUUAGGAGGACUCACGAGAAAGGGGUUUGUGGCGCAGUAUAAUUUGCUGUUCCCUCCUCGAUUUGGUCCACUACGGCCGAUGUCAUGCAGAACCCUGAAUCCCCGCUUCACCAUCGCGCAUCCUUCGAUUUCCCUUCCUCGAGCCUCGUUACGCUGCUGUUGGCCUCCCCUGCCGCGUCAAGGAUCAUUUGAUCGGAAGCAGAUUAUCUGUGGGGCGCACUGGAACGCUCGAAAUCUUAGCAGCCAGGAAUUAGCCUAUGUGCUUAAAUCUGCCAUCCGAAAUGGAAAUCCUGAGGGUGCACUACGAUUCCUCCAUGAAAUGGAAUCCAGAGGUUUUAAGAUUGGAUGUGAUAUUCUCUCAGACUUGAUGCUUUCCUUUGCUAAAAAUGGCUUUCUUAUGCAAGCUCAGACUUUAUGGACUGAGAUCAUAAAUAGUUCAUUUGUCCCAAGUGUUGAGGUUAUCUGGGGUUUGAUGAAGGCCUAUGGCCGGAUGGACCAAUUUGAUGAGAUAAAUAGGAUUGUCAAUGAGAUUGCCGUAAGAGAUUUUGAUUUCACGCCACAGGUUUACUCAAUGGCCAUCACUUGUUUCGGGAAAGCUGGUCAACUUCAAUUGAUGGAAGAAACUGUAAAGCAAAUGGUUUUGAGAGGUUUCAAGAUUGACUCUCUAACUGGCAAUUCAUUUGUCAAGUAUUAUAGCAUUUAUGGUUCAGUGGAAGAGAUGGAAGAAGCAUAUCAGCGCUUGAAGAAAUCAAGAAUUCUAAUAGAAAAAGAUGUCGUCCGUUCGAUGGCUUUGACAUACAUAAACCAAAGGGAAUUCUAUAAAUUCAGUGAGUUUUUACGAGAUGUAGGUCUUGGGAGGCGUAAUUUAGGUAAUCUACUGUGGAAUCUGCUUUUGCUAUCUUAUGCAGCCAAUUUCAAAAUGAAAAGUUUGCAAAGAGAGUUUUUAAGCAUGUUGGAAGCUGGCUUCUCACCUGAUAUAACCACUUUCAAUAUCAGAGCUUUGACAUUUUCGAGAAUGUCCAUGUUUUGGGAUCUCCAUUUGAGCAUUGAGCAUAUGAGUCAUAAGGGUGUUACCCCAGACAUUGUGACUUACGGAUGCAUAGUGGAUGCCUAUCUGGGUAGAAGGCUUGCUAAAAACAUUCAUUUUGGGUUAGGAAAUUUAAAUGUUGGCAAUACCCCACUUCUGUUAACAGAUCCCCUAGUUUUCAAGGCUUUUGGCAAGGGUGAUUUUCAUUCAAGCUCUGAGGCUCUAUUGCAGUCUGCAAAUCACAGAGAAUGGACAUAUUCAAAACUACUAGCUAUACAUAUGAAAAAACAGUAUAGAAAAAACCAAUUUUUUUGGAAUUAUUGAUGAUUUCACAGUAGUCAUGGAUGGAUUUAUAAUGGUAACUUCAACGCAGUUAGAAUGAAUUAAACUAUUUGAGGUUAGAAGGUUCCAAUCAGUCUGGGGUUCACAGGCUCAACUUGGUAUUAUAGAAAGGGUGUUUAAUAUGAGCAAGUCAGGAACCAGGAGAAGAAAAAAGGUGGGGACAAAAGAAGGCAAUUAUUGAUUAUCUAGUAAGUCUCAAUAUUUUAUAUAGAGGAAGACCUUGAGGUAGCUAGACACCACUGGAGCAAGCAUGCAAAAAUCCCCAUUGUACUUGCUGCUGCAAUAUGAUUAGAGUCUAUUCCAUCAGUGAUAAAUGGAUGAAAUCCUUUAUUGCCUACAUUUUAGUCAGUCAGUAAUUUAUGGUAGAAGAAAGGAAGUGUGUGAUUAGACAAAGGUCGAGGACUGUUCUAGCCCAUUUCUAUAUGUAAAACUGGUAUUACAUCAUUUCUAAUAAGAUCAAAGCUUGUCUUGCAUAGACUGAAUAUAAGCAGCCAGGUUUUAACUUUGUUCCGCUAAAUCCAAAUUGUCUCACACAAGGUUGCAGGAUGGAUGGAGUGGUGCUGCAAUCCUCAUCACAACGUGAGCAGCGGUUUCUUGAGUUUCUCUUGUUAUCAUAGUUGGAGGGCUGUAAAUAUGCUUGCAUUCCGACGAGACAACAAUCACUUUCUGCGCAAAACAAUUACCCAAGUCUAGUCCUGUGUUUUCUUCAGUGUAAGUAGGAAUUCCAGGCCAUUUUGUCAUCAAUCAACACUCUGGAUGACAAUAUAGCAUCUGCACAUACGGCGGAGUCACAGGUGUGGCCAAUUACCCAAGUCAAGACCUGUAUUUUCUUGGGCCAGUGUGUAGGAAUUCUAAGCAAUUUAUGUCUGUCAUCACUCCCCUUUCUAAUCUUCAACCCCAAUAAAUUGUUGUCAUCUUCCUUAUCAGUGAAAGAGCUCUAAUUCUCUUUGAGAAAGGGAUGUAUAUCCAUCUGCAUUCACAUGUCUAGUGAAAUGCGAUCGCUUAUUGUCUGUGACAAUUGCAAGUGCUUUACCUCGAUGUUUUUUAGAACUAGGCAAUUCCACCAUCUUAACCUUUCAUCAAACUUGUCUGUAACCCCUCUUGCAGUGGAACCAUCACCCUACUUAAUGAUUCCCCAGAAUCUCUCGUUUCCUUGUAGGAAUGAAUUAUUUUAUCGAAAUUAGUGGAGAUGAAUUAUCUUAGUGCAGUCUAGCUUUAUCACAGCCAUUGCGUAUUCUUUUUGCACCAAUUUAUGAAUUUUAGAAAAUUAUUUUUUUUAAAGAUUAAUUGAAUUAAUAUUCUUAAAAUAAAUUAUGAUUUCAGUUGGAUCCAAAAGCAUUACAUAUAAAGGCUGUACCUUUUUUAUUUUAGAUUUAUUAAUUAAGCUCGCAUAAGAUAUACAUAUGAUGCAUGAACUUAACUAGCAGCCGGCAUGUUAAGUUGCAUAAGAUACACAUAUGAUGUAUGAACUUGGUAAAUACCUUUUUUAUGUGCCGUCUGUGAUUUAUCUUCUUCGUGUUGACCUUGAGAUGGGUUGAUAGAGGCGCUGGGAUGAACGUAUUCGUCUUUUGUCACAACAUAUGAUGCAUGAACUUAAUUAGCAGCCGGCAUGUUAAGUUGAUUAUGGUGAGGUAGAUAUUAUUACAAUAGAUAAGGGAUAAAUAUCUUUCCUGCAGUAGUCAAGUAUAAAUUUCCGAAUUACUUUUGCACAGAUGACCAUGGUACAGGUGUCAAUUGAGUUAGGCUAGGCCCGGAUUGAUUCGGCCUCGCUCAAAUUAGAAUUGUGCCUAACACCAUCUAAUAAGAGCUAGGUCUUGUUAAGUUGGGUCAAAUAACCCACUCGAUCGACUUAAGCUUGGGCUAGCUUGAGUAUGACUCAAUUGGGCUUGGGCGGUAUACCAAGCACUCCUUGACCAUAUCGAAGGAACCACGAUAGCCUGUCUGGGAUGAGACAAGAAAAUGUGUGUAUUGGAUACGGUUUGACACCUCUAACCUCCAACUUUCUUGUAAGAUUUCUCCUUUGCCAAUAAAGAAAAAUAAUACUUCAUUUGAUCUUUCUUUUUUAGUACCAUGAUGAGUAAGGUUGGCUAUUCCAUGACCUCCCUAAUAAGUAAAAGUUUUCUAAUUAAAAAUAAUAUUUAAAGAUUCUCAAAAAUACAACGGCUUUCUAAAUAUUUUUAUUUAUUUAUAGUAAUUCAGGUAUUGAGAUUCAUGUGACGAUCCACAUAAGGUGUCACAUGUCAUUAAAAAGUUAAUGUAGCAAGUAAGGUGACAGUCAAGGUUGAGAAGGGGAGAUACAUCGCUCGGGUAAGGAUCAAAUUGGUCGAGAGUAGGCAAUUCAUUCGUCAGGAAAACUCUUAUCAUUUCUAAGUCUUACCGAGUGAGUUUAGAGUAGAGUCAUCGCCCGACGUUCAGGUACCCUUUUUAGAUUUUAAGAAAUCGUAUCAUAACUUAGGUAUUCUGCUGUUCGAGAGGAAAAUUAUCAAGUCACCGAUCAGUAGAGUUAUUACAUUAACUCAAUAUAUUAUUAUGACCUACAUUAAAUGUCCAACACUACUUAUAUUUAAAGUUCAUUGGGCUCAUAGAUAUGUGAGGAAGGGGAACUGUAAAAUAUGUGAAUUUAUGUUUAGGGUUACCAAGGAUACACUUAUUAUGAGAGUUAAUGGAGGGAUAAUUUAGGGUUUAAUUCCCUUAACCCUAAAUUAAUUAUUAAUAGGGCUCACAUCUCCCUCACCCGAAUCCCAAAAAAAAACCCCGAUCGCUUUUCCUGCCUCUUCCUCUUUCUCUCUCGCGCGAACACCCGACGCAGACGGCUGCCUCGACGGGCGGCGAUUCUGUACUUCCUCUCUCGGUGUCGCCGGCAAGGAGCAGAUCUGGGAGCGUUGAGAGGAAGGGGAUAGCUACAAACGAACCCUUCUUCUCGGCCUUUCUCUCCUCUCUGGUCUCGGCAAACAGCAGCGACGGAUCUCCGAUCCUGUGCUUUCGCCUACUGUCGGAGGGGAAUCGAGGGCACCGACGUUGGAUCAGGCCAGCAUCGAUUGUUUGGAGGAGGUAACAACCAUUGUCCCUUCCCGAUCUCCGUCCCUGUUCGUCGGCAAGAACAGGCCGUUGCCCUAACUUUGAUCUUGGAGAGGUUGGUGUUUAGGUUUCGGCCACCACAGCUCUGUUGGAUCGUUUUCUUCAUUUGGAUCUGUGAUCGUCUCCGGCAAUCGAAGGGGGAAGAGGUAGUAGGUAGAUGAUAUGAAGUUGCUUGGAGUAUACUGCCAGUCGGUCGCACUUCCCACAUCAUAUCCGAGGAUUUUUUAUCGGUUUAGUUUCUUAUUAUUUGCAUUUCAUACUCGUUUGAUUUAGAGUUGUGAGGACUAACUAUGUCUUGAUACUUGUAUUGUGGAUUUGUAUCUGUGAUGUUUUGCGGACUUUGCA